AUGUGUUGUGGAGUCCCGCUGAUUCUUGAGAGUUGGGUCGAUCACUACUUGACGUGGGAUCCCUCGGAAUACGGUAAUAUUCGAGAGGUUCGUCUACCGAUAUCCAACAUAUGGAAGCCGGACGUAUUGCUCUACAAUAGCGUCGACCAACAGUUCGACAGCACAUGGCCAGUGAACGCUGUCGUCUAUCAGUGA